GUGGGGUGAGCGCUGCUCAGCGCAGGGAAGAGAAACUCGAGACUCGGGUACAUAACGUUGAGGGUCACGGCCGCGUUUACGAGAAGUGACUUUUGCACAAAGUGCAGAGUUUAGGUUGAGCAGUGAGCAGCGACAUCCCGGAGGGUUCCCGCACCACCGGCCACGGUUCGUGUGGAGUUCCCGGAGAGUGCCUUUUGCCCCUCUCAAGAAAAGCCAAAGCACCGAACUGGGAAGCGCGGGAGGAAGAUGCAGGAAGUCACGGAAACCGCCUGCUCUCCCGCCGCAGAGCGGACCGAGGGGGACAAGGCACCCCCUCAGGACUCCGCCAUUCAGCCUCUGCUGGAGAUUGGAAAAGUCCUGCUUCGCGACUUUAUCAUGGAGCGCCUGAGCAGAAGCACCGAGCAGUUCGGGGUGUCCCUGGCUAACUUGGGGCCAUUUCCGCAGGACACGGGGACCGCCCACCCCCACUUGAAGGGAAUGAGCGAUUCUCUGAGAAGGAUCGGGGAUUUGCUCAGCAAUGACACCAAGCUGCAGCAGGGAAUUGCUCACAUGAGCGACUGCUCCAAGGAAACCUUCUUCAAAGUGGCCGAGGAGGUUUUCUCUGACGGCGUCGUCAACUGGGGCCGAGUGGUCAUGCUCUUCAUCUUCGCCUGCAUCUUGGUGCUGAAGGCGCUGACCCAGUCCAUCCCCAACAUUAUCCAAACCGUCAUCAGUUGGACCAUGGAGUUUAUGCAGAGAUAUGUCCUGCAGUGGAUCCAAAACCAUGGUGGCUGGGAAGGGGUCAUGUCGUACGUCAGCAUGCCGUGCUGGCAGACGGUUUGCGUGUUUGCCCUGGGGGUGCUCACUGCGGUCCUGGUGGUGAAAUGGAAAUCCUCAUGAGUCGCGACGCGACGCCCAGAGAGACAGGAGACACCAGCCAAACUCCAACAGCAAGGAACUUCCAACACUCACCAUCUGGGGGCUGUGACCUGCCCCACCAUCGGCGGGCAUGCCUUCAGCCUCUCCAUUCCAUCCCACAGUCCCUCCGCCUCCAUCACUCGACCAGCAGAUAACAUGGACCAGCAGAUAACAUGGACCAGCAGAUAACAUGGACCAGCAGAUAACAUGGACACAUCCCCCUCCCCCAGUCACUGUACUGGAUCGAGUUCAAAAUCUCGGACAAGCGUGUCGGGGGCUUGAAGCCGCAAAGACUCCGAGGCGGGAGAGCGAGACGGUGGGUGGGGGGGGUCAACGAGUUCUCAACGAGGAUCUGUGAAAACGCACUGAGUAUCUUUGUCGGUUAUGCUUUUAAAAUCCUCCCUUUUCUCUCCCUCCCCUUUUAAAGAAUGUGUAAAGACCCUUUUAAAAAAUAAACACACACUUGAC